AUGUUCCUCUACAUGUUAAUCUACCUGGCUUAUCACAGCAGCAGACAGAUACCAAGGAGCAAGAGGUUGAAAUUGUAAGUUAGUAUAUGUUCAUUUGUUUUUUUGGUCAAAUUUUUAUUGAUUUACAUUUUCUUUUCCCAUUUGCAGUCAAAUCGUGAAUGCAGUCGUCACGGCGCUGGUCCUGGUCCCUCAGCUCUAUGUAAUAAGAAGGUAACUAGAACACAGGUGAUGGCUCUGAGCCAAAGAGCUCAUGGGUCAUUUAGGUGAGAGGGGAUAUGGUCUUCUUAACAAUGGCGUCUGUUUGUUUUAAAGUCCCAAAUCAUCCAGAUACUGCAGUCAGCCUCUCCUGAAUAACCUGUCGGCUUCCAUCGCCCUCUCCUUCAUUACUGCAGGUAUGUAUUUAACCAAUUAAUGGCAUCUUAACAGGAUACAUUAUUAUUAUUGUUAUUUUUAUGUAACCUUUAUUUGAACAGGUAAGAACCCAUUGAGAUCGAGGUCUCUUUUUCAAGGGUGACCUGGCCAAGAAGUCAUCAGUACAUGUCACAUUAAUACUACUACUACUACUACUACUGAUGAUAAAGAAAUGACCUCCAGAAACAUAAUUAAAAACACAGGCACUGUUCCAUGGUCUCCCAAAUUCUGUCAUGUAAGACUGAUAUAUAAAUCUUGCAGGUUUGGAAAGUGACUUUUUUGUCCGUACAAGGUUAAAAAGGCUUUAAGUCAAAAUGAACUUCUAUCAAAUUACCUGCGCCCCCCCCUCCCCCCUCCCCCUUAUUUUCAUGUCUAUCUGAAUAUAUUGAAAUUGAGUUUUUUGAACUAUCUACAGGCUUGGUAUCAAAAAAAGUGUUCUCUUUAAUAGGUUUCUCAGUGAUAUUCACAUUAAUAGACCCGGUUCCUCAGAGCUUGUGGGCUGCCUGUCACAUGUUCGGUCUGCUGACAUGUGGACAGGGACUGUGCACGGCCAUCCUCACUUUGACAGCAGCUUCAUGUGUGAGAUACUGACUAUAAUGAUAUAUCUCAGCUCUAUGAAGAAACUGCAGCAUCCAAACGAUUCGUUUGUGUUUUUCUACAGGCUGAAACCACUCCUGAGCUGUACUACACCUCCCUUUUUCUUACAGUUGCUUCUAUUUUCAGUACAGGUGAAUGAGUGUUUUUGUGAAUUAACAUACUUAAAGAGAGAAUUCAUACAGAGAGCCUUCAGCUUAAAACAAACAACACCUGCUUGUGCGUUUCAGGGUUUUUCCUGGUGCGAGGAGGACUCUGGUUGAGUAGGAAGCCAUCUGUAAUGGACCAGUGCAGAAACAAUGAGCGGUAA